UUCACUCUCUUCCCUCGCUCUCUCUCUCACUCUGUAUCCAGUUGCUCAGUCUGGAGACAAUGAAGUGAAAAGCAGAGGCAGAGGAUAGAUGAGAGGGAGAGACGCUCAGGAAUGCUCAGGAGUCCAGGCCAGCUACUUACCGUUUUUAGUUUGUGUGUGUGUGUAUGUGUGUAUGUGUGUAUGUGUGUGUGGUUGGCUGAUGACGCAGGCUCUGCUCGGAGAUGGCGUUCGGAAUCCUGAUUGCCUUCAGCGCUGUGGAGGAGGCAUCCCAAUCCUUACAAGGGGCCCACAUGCAGUAACGUCUGUCCGCCGUGGCUUCUCUCCUUCCCCAGCGUGUGUGUGUGUGUGUGUGUGUGUGAGCGUGCCUGGGUGUGUGUGUCCUUGUGUGUCUUCUCCUCCCCCUCUUCUUUUUUUCUUUACACUUCUACUUGUUCAACGAUCGCUUUCUUUUAUCUUUCCUCGUUGCUACUUCACAUUGGAAUCUCUUUCUCUUAAGUGGUGCUAUAAGAGGAGCUGAAUCUGAGCAUAGGUUGAGAGCUCCUGUUUUUGUCUAGCCAGCAUGGAUUGUCUCUGCAUCCUCACAACUAAGAACAGGCCACCAGCAGUACAGGGGUCACCCAACAACGGCCAGACCCCACCCUGCAUGAACUCUGCCUUGAUGAACGCACCCUGGCAGUACCACUAUCAGGAAGAUGACUCGCCGUCUCUCGAUCAGGGUUUCCCGCGGCUCACUAACGAGGUGCGCGCCCCUGAGCUCGUGCACGUGUCUGAGAAGAACCUGUCUGAGAUCGAGAACGUGCAUGGCUACGUGUCCCAUGCCCACAUCUCUCCCCUCAAGCCUGCACUGGUUACCCGUUUUGAUCUUGCUUACCCGGGUGUGACCUCAGCAAACUACAUGCAAUAUCAGCCAUCUGUCCUGGUCAGCCCCGGUAGUGCCACUGUUCUAAAGUCCCUCUCUAUAAAGAAUGCACUGUACAGCACAUGGGUACAGAAGGCAGGUGUGUGGAUCGCUGAGGCCUCUGAGUCCCACAGACUGCAGCUCCUGGAUGAAGGAUGA